ACUCAGCAAAACCCAAAAAGGCAAAUUUGCUGUAACCUUCCUAAAAUCCUAAUUCCUAACCAAGCCCUCCGCCGAAAAUGGAAACCAAAUCCUGUACUCAAGCAACUAACCAAAAAGAGAAUGACAAUGAAGGUCCGUUUAAGUAGAACCCAGCCAACGCUCUGUGUGUCACUGGACCAUGAACCUCUCUGGUUUUCUCUCACCCACCCAACCACCUUAAAUCUAACCCAGAAUCCAAACUCUUUCUCUCUCUCUCUCUGCAAAAAAAAAAAAAAAAAGAACCGUUUGUGUUGCUACGUUGCAGUGAGAAAGAUGGGUUGGGGUUGGUGGAUACAGAGGCAAUGCAGCAGAUGGGCCUCUUCACAUUCUUUCCGUCGGAUACUGGUUCUGACGUUGAUGGUAUGGGGAGGGACUUGGGGCGCUGAAGCAGCGCAAGGCCGCGGCAACCGAGGCUCCGGGUGCGACUUGUUCCGGGGGAGCUGGGUGGCGGACCAGUCCUACCCUCUCUACAACUCCUCCACCUGUCCCUUCGUCGAGCGCGAGUUCGCCUGCCUCAGGAACGGCCGCCCCGACCUCGCCUUCGCCAAGUACCGGUGGCAGCCCCUCGGCGCCGGCGGCUGCUCCUUGUCCAGGUUCAAUGGCCGGGUCUUUCUAGAGAGGAUGAGAGGGAAGACGAUCAUGUUCGUGGGGGAUUCACUUAGCCGGAACCAAUGGCAGUCGUUGACGUGCAUGCUUCACUCGGCAGCGCCCGAUGCCAAGUACAACAUCACGAGACAAGGCGACGUCUCCACCUUCGCCUUCACAGACUAUGGGGUUAAAGUGAUGCUCGAUCGCAAUGUGUUCCUCGUGGAUGUGGUGCGAGAACCAGUCGGACGGGUCCUGAAGCUCGACUCGAUCCAAGGAGGCAAACUGUGGAUGGGGAUUGAUAUGCUCAUCUUCAAUACCUGGCACUGGUGGAACCGUCGAGGGCCCAGUCAACCGUGGGAUUAUAUACAAGAAGGUAAGCAGAUUUACAAAGACAUGGAUCGUAUGGUCGCUUUCGAGAAGGCACUAACAACGUGGGCUGGGUGGGUCGAAGCCAACAUCGACCCAGCCAAGUCUAAAGUUUUCUUCCAAGGAAUUUCUCCCUCUCAUUACAAUGGCACUCUAUGGGGGGAACCGAGCGCAAAGAGUUGCCUAGGCCAGAAGCAGCCGGUGCCUGGCUCGACUUAUCCAGGGGGCCUGCCACCAGCCGUGGCGGUCUUGAAGGGUGUACUGAGUAAGAUCAAGAAGCCUGUGGUGUUACUAGACAUAACGAAUUUGUCGCUGCUGCGUAAAGAUGGACAUCCUUCCAUAUAUGGCCUUGGAGGGAGAACGGCGAUGGAUUGUAGCCACUGGUGCUUAGCAGGUGUUCCAGAUACUUGGAACGAGAUCCUUUACAAUCUCAUUCUUUAACAAACAUAAGCUCAUUUUGGGGUCCCAUUCAUAAUGAGAAAUUUGAACUAGGAGAUAAUAAAGCAAAGGAUUUUGUUGGA